UUCUGCACGCCAAGUGCCGCCAACUCUUCGGGGCCGGCCCGCCUCUUGGGUGCUCGGAGCAGGGCUCUCGUUGCCUCUGAGGGGAGCGACUGCUUUCAGGCUGACCCGGGAGGUUCGCUGUCUCGCUCGAGCGCCUCAGGAGGGGCGAUCAUGUGGGAUGAGGCAGACCUCGGUCUCGGCGGUGGGGAGCCAAAUAUCGGCGGGGCCGUUCAGAGAUCGAUUCAGAGCCGGGCCGCCUCGCUCGCUCGCCCGCUCUUUCUGGUUCACUGCGUUUAAUCCGCUUCCCUGAACGGCCGCGUCGAGGCCGUGAAUCAGAGCCGUCCCUCCUCAUCCCACUCUUUCGCGCUCUCCGGCGAUGUUCGCUUCCAAAUCCAACUCCGUCUCCCCGUCCCCGUCCAUGGACCCGGCCGAUUCGGACGCCCUGGACAUCAGCACCAAAGUGCAGCUCUACGGGGUGCUCUGGAAGAGACCCUUCGGGAGGCCCUCAGCCAAAUGGUCCCGCAGGUUCUUUAUGAUCAAGGAGAGUUUCCUGCUGUACUAUGCUGAAAAUGAAAAGAAGAACUUUGAAAACAAUCGGUACUUUAAUAUCCACCCUAAGGGUGUCAUACCUCUUGGCGGCUGCAUCGUAGAAGCCAGGGAAGAACCCAACAUGCCUUAUGCAAUGAAGAUCUCCCAUGAGGAUUUCCAUGGUAACAUCAUCCUAGCAGCAGAAUCAGAGUAUGAACAAGCCCAGUGGCUGGAGAUGCUGAAGGAAUCUGGGAAAGUGACUUGGAGAAAUGCUCAGCUGGGAGAAGCCAUGAUCGAGAGCCUUGAAGCCCAGGGUCUCCAGCUGGCCAAGGAGAAACAAGAAUAUUUAGAUAAACUGAUGGAAGAGACAGAGGAGUUGUGUCUGCAGAGGGAACAGAGAGAGGCUCUGGAGCGCCUGAACCAGGUCUUAGAAGCAGAGAAGCAGCAGUUUGAGGAGGUGGUGCAAGAUCUGCGGGCAGAGCAAGAGCAGAUCAAACGAGAACUGGAAAUGACUGCCCGGUCCCUCAAAGGAGUGGAAGAGGAAAAGAAAGGGCUCCGAAAUCUGACAGAAACACUGCAGAAAACACUGGAAGAACUCUCCCUGGAAAAACAGCGGACCCUGGAAAUGCUGGAACAAAAGGAAAGUCACCUGCAGCCUCCAGUCAGCCCUAGCGAGCAACCAGAUGCUACUGGUGGCCUGCAGAGCAGCCUGCACCAGAUUGAGGAGAAAAUGCACCAGCUGCUGGAGGAGAAACUCCUGGCCGAGAAGAGAAUGAAGGAGAACGAGGAGCGUUCCCGAGCCCUGGAGGCAGAGCGGGAAUUCUACUCUUCCCAGUCGCAGGCUUUACAAAACUCACUGUUGGAGCUCACUGCUGAAAAGCAGAAGACAGAACGAGACCUCAAGGCAGAAGUCAAGGUCCGCAUGGAGCUGGAGAGGCGUUUGCGUGAGGCAGAGGAGGCCCUGCAGAGCCUGGAGCAGGGCCUGAAUUGUAAACAUCGGAACAGAGAGAAGGAGGAGAAAAUGAAGGCCGAUGUCAGCAACCUGAAGAAAUUUUUUGAGGAGUGCAUCCGGAAUGCUGAAUUAGAAGCCAAAAUGCCUGUGAUUAUGAAGAACUCUGUGUACCUCCACAAAGCUGCCACACGCAGGAUAAAAAGCUGCAGAUUUCACCGCAGAAGAUCCAGCAAUACAUGGAAUGACUUGCGACAGUCACAAUCAUUCAUGUACUCAGAGGCUGAAAGCAUAGAAGAUCUGAAGCAAGCUGCCAAAAGGUUGACCCAGGAUCAGCAUUUCCGGGAAACCAUCUAUCAAAUUAUGAUUUCACGGCAAGGUUCCUCCUCCUCCUCCUCUGGCAACAAGAAGUGAACUCUUGCCACCUUCCUGUGAGGAGGGAGAUCCCAACAAAUGCAUCUUGCCAUCACUCCACUCAACAAAAGCCAAACGGCCAGGGCUGGCAGCAGAGACCACAUGCCAGCCAGCAGGACCCUCUCUUUCCAAGGGAAUGAAUCUCCUCCCGUUUAGACAUGUUCUAUUGGGAUUCUACAAUCUCAGCUUAGCUAAGGACAUCUGGCCCCAUUCUGGUUGUCCUCAUUCUAUCCAUUUGGAGGGUGCCAGAUUAGGAAAGGCUGGCUUAGAGAAUGCCCAACCAAUCCUUGCAGACUAGAACAGAUACAGUUUAUGUUUGCCAGGCUGUGCUUGUCCACCUGCCGAAGAUGCCAGGUCAUCUACAGUGUGAUGAGAACAAUACUGGUGAUCUGCUUUGGGAAUUUCUGAUUGCAGCUGGCGGUCAGAUAACGUUUUCUUUGGCAUAAUUGUAGACAACUAUUUGAAUAUAUACAAGCAGUUUUUCAACUGGCCUGUUGGUGGAUAGUGAUUUGCCCUGGUUUGCCUUUUAAAAAAAAACAAAACUAUGAUAUGUUUCUAAGGUGUUGUUUUCUGUUCCCUACUUUCUCCAAGCAAUAGGAUGUUUGGGGGACACUCUUUCUGGCAGCCUUUGUUCUUGUGAGGCAAGGCAAUAAGGGACAUGUGGUCUUUGUAUAGUAUUUGUUUACCUAUAUGGGAACAGAAGGUGAGACAGAUAGAGGAAGCCACACAGCAGAGUUCUUUGAAACAACAGGGUGCUCCUAGAGUCUUCCCCAAACUGUAUCUUGCGAAGAAGCAGCAAAACAUGUUAAUUACCUAAACUAAUUCUGCUUCCCUCUCUCUCUCUCUCUCAAUCUCUUCUCACAUACAAGCACACAUCUACACAGGGCAGGCAAAAACAGGUGACGAAACACACACGAAAAGCCCCCCCGCAGCAGCCUUUUCUUUAAAUCUGCUGUCAUGUGACCUGCAAAUACAAUUCACAUUCAGAUCAGGGGCACCUUCCCUGCCUGCAUGUUUACAGUGGCUUUCAGCUUGCCACCUCUGAAUUUGAGCAACAUGGCCGGUCAUCAGGAGGUGCCACUCCCGCUGGUCUGGUCUGGUCUGGCAGUGCAAUUCCCCGCCCCCCAAAAUCUCCCACCACUGGCUUCUUAGGUGUACGGUCCAUGCUUCGCUCAACGCAGCACAGGGCCUUUGAUGCAACAAGGCCCCACCCUUUGAUUAGCCUGUUUUCCAGGCAGCAGAGUGUACUAAUAAUAAUUAUACAUGCCUGAAUCGUUCCCUUUUUUUCUGCUUUGGCCUCAUUAGGGUGCGUCUUCUGUUUUUUCCUUCUUCAGGACAGAAAGCGGGAGAGGGAAAACAUGAAGAGUCUGUGGUGGCUCCAGUUUUAUGAGACCGCUUCCCAGGUCCUCUGAGGUCAAACCCAGACCAGGCUGUGGGUUCUGCGCUUCUGUGUAGUCAAAUGCUAAUCAGCAUUGUAUUUAUUUAAUCAGAGCGGUGUGUGCUCUUAGGAGGUGAAAGUCCUGCAAAAUGUAGAGAAUGUAAAUAGUCAGGAGAAGCGGGGACCAGAAAGCUUCCUCACUUAGGCUCUGUUCAAAGCCUUUUUUGCGGACUGUCUAACGGUCGGCGGCAAGUUGCACAGCCACUGGUCUCCAUUCGAACAUAGAUUGUUGAUCUUGCUGGGGAGAAGAUGGGAGCAGAACAUGUACCACUACAAUUGUGCUGCCAGUUAACUAGCUGCGGGAACAUAAGCUAACUGCGCACAGUUGCAUUUUCUGGCUUGCACUGCCCUAACAAAAAUGGAAAUGGAAAUUGGUGAAUCUGUGGGAAAAUGAUCACUAGCUAGGAAACCCCAGCAGCCCCCUAAUUGGCAGGUAAUUUAAGGAGAGCUGGCUCCCUCUAGUGGCACUAGCCAUGAAGUUACCAUACGUUCUACUUUGCUGGUUGUAAAUAAAGGCCAGCGUCGGACUAAAAGUAAUCCCAUUGAACCCCCUGCCAAAUGGUAAAUCAAUCCUUAUGUAAAUCCCAUUGCGUCAAUGCAUCUACUCUAGUUAGGACUAGCAAUAGGAUAUUGAUUAUUUGUACAGUGUUAUAUUCCUUGGCAUGCACUCCAGCUGUGAGUUACUAAUUAAUAAAAUACAUCCUUAUAAAGCAA